AAGAAGUGAGGUUAUAAAAAUUUAAAGUGAAGUUGAUAUUUUGAAAUUUCAUUCAUUCCGAUUUUAUUUUUCGUCGAAAUGUCGAAAACAAGUACCGACGUUGUAGUUGGAGAUAUUGAUAAUAAUCCUCACUGUCCACACGGACCUACUGUGUUAUUUUCGAAAGCUAGCCAGGAGGGAGUGACUCGUUAUUUCGCGUGUUCCGCCUGUAGGGAUCGAAAAAACUGCAAAUUCUACGUGCUGGAAGACCAGAGGGAUAAAUACAACAAAGCCGCCUGGGAUAAGGAGAUUGCCAAUUUCAAAAAAGACGUGCACCACCGGCAAAUGUACAUUAAUUAUCACAAAACGUUGCAAUCGAGUUCCGUUCGAUGGUUCUGCAAUAACUGCAAUAAACUGUCCUGCGAGGAGGAGCCCAAGCACCUGUCUCAUUCCGUUGUAAAGUAUCUGAGCUUGAGCGACUUGGAGCACCCUUCGAAGAUCUUGCCCCCUUUGGACGAUUCGAAGAAGGAGGCCCAGUAUCAUUUCUCUGAUUUAUCGGUGAGGGAUAUUUUGCGGAUAUUCAUGCGAUUGGGCUAUAGGAAUGUUAUUUGUAUAGGCGCUCCGAGGAUUCACGAAUGCAUCAAAAACAACCAUCCCAAUUUAAGCAGCAUUCUCUUAGAUAUAGACAAGAGAUACCACAAUUUCUCCAGCCCGUUGGAGUACUGCUGGUAUAAUAUGUUCAAUCACCAUUUUUUCUUUACAGAAGCCAAAGAUGUAUUCGAAACUUUCCUACAAACAGACAGGGGUAAAGGAAUGGUGUUGAUUACGGAUCCCCCGUUUGGUGGUCGCACGGAGAUGCUUUCAGCCACGUUUAAAAGAAUCAACGAAGAUUACAAGCGAUUAAAUAAAACCGAAAGUAAUCUACCGAUGUUUUGGAUAUACCCCUACUUUAUGGAACCCCAAAUAGUGAAUUACAUGCCGGAUUUCGCCAUGUCUGACUACAAAGUAGACUACGAGAACCACUGUUCGUUCCAGAACAGCAGACGAGGGAAAAUACAAGGGUCUCCAAUUAGGAUAUUUACCAACGUAAAUCUUAGUUUAAUUGAGCUACCUCCUAACGAGUAUAGAUUCUGCAAUAAAUGCUCGAAAUGGGUGGGCAAAGAGAACAAACACUGCGAUUCGUGCGGCGCUUGCACGUCCAAAAACGGGGAGACUUACGUGCAUUGUUAUUUGUGCAACAGAUGCGUGAAACCGGCUUGGGUGCAUUGCCAGCAGUGCAACAGAUGCGCGCAACUCGGCCACACUUGCUCCACUAUCAACUUCUCGAAGGAUUGCUUUUACUGCAAAGAAAGAGGCCACAAGCAAGCCGACUGUCCUUUGUUGUCGUCGGAUAAGAAGCCGGUGAAAAAAGGCACGACGAAGAGCGGCAAGCAGAAGAAAAGGAAACCGUCAGAACGCUGUAAUAAAUUAAAAAAGAAAUUAAAACAACAAUAAAUAUACAAAUA